UUUUUGUAAAGCUGCUGAGGCUUAUCGAUGAUCGCAGCAUUAUUUUGUUAGUUGUCAGUGAAACGUGAAAGCAAUAACACGCAUACGCCAUGAGAGCCAGCGGGCAAGUAAGACUAACGUUGAUUAUAGGCUUGAUAUUUAUAUUAAGCCAAGCGCAAGCUAUGGAGGCAUCAGAUGAGGUGGAUUACGUUGCCUUGGAGACAACAACAGAGCAAGAGACAGAGACAGAGACAGAGCCAGAGCCAGAGAGUGAAGAGACAACAACAACAACUGAGCGCAACUUUAAGCUUAAUAUACGCACGUUAGAUGACAAUUGCCAAUGGCAAGUGGACAGCAGUUGGCUAUGCACAGAUUUUAACUUUGAUCAAGCUGAUCAGGUGGCAUUCUUUGAGCCACGCACUGAGGUGCAUAUAAUGCCAGAUAUGGCGACCUAUGAACUGCGGGAAAAGCGUCGAGUGCGCGCAUUGAUAAUGAAAAAUUCAACAUUUCGAAAUAUGCCGCUGCAUUUGUUUUCAGCGCUGCCGCAGCUGCAAGAGCUGGACAUGCGUCAAUGCCAGUUGCAACAUGUGACUUGGGAUUGUUUUCUAGCUGCAGAGCAGCUUCAAAUAUUGCUGCUCUCAAACAAUCAACUAACGCAGCUUGAGGAGCGCAACUUUGGCUAUGCUAACAACUUGGAAUAUUUAUUUCUAAGCGACAAUAAGCUGCAGCAGCUGCAUAGAGAUGCAUUCAAGGGCUUGAGCAAGUUGCGUCACUUGGAUUUGAGCACCAAUGAGCUGCAACAUUUGCCCGCUGGCCUAUUCGAUGAGCUGCAGCAGCUGCAGCAAUUGUCGCUGCAUGAGAAUCGCUUGCAGUAUCUUAGCAGCGAGCUUUUGUCACACAACACACAACUGCAUACAAUUAUACUCCAUACAAAUUAUCUAAGCGAGCUAGCCGAACAAGCUUUCAGCUUUCAGUCGCGUCUGCUGCUGCUCGAUCUUUCGAAUAAUGCACCAUUGGAGCUGCUGCUGCUGCAGCUCAACUCGAGCCACUUGCACGCUCGCAAUUGUUCGCUCUAUCGUGUUAACAUAUUUGGCAGCAUCACCAAUGUCGAUCUGAGAUCGAAUCGCUUGCAGGAAUUAUACUUUAGCAGCUCCGAGACUUUGGAGCAUUUGGUGCUGCGCAACAAUUCGCUGGCGCAGCUUGUGACGCUCACGCGUGUUCAGCGUCUGCGUUCGCUUGAAGUUGCGGACAAUCCGCAGCUACGUGGACUGCCGAGCGAUUGGCAGACGCCGCAGCUGGAGCGACUGGACUUGAGCAAUACGGGACUGCAGCAGUUGCCGCUAGAGACGCUGCGUGGCAUGCCACAUUUGCGUAAAUUGAAUGUCUCAGCGAAUAAUAUAAGCGAAAUCGAUAUACAGUCCCUUAGUUUGCUCACUCAGCUCACCCACUUCUAUAUACAUGCCAACAAUUGGAACUGUUAUAAUCUAAAGCACGUUAUGCGGAUGCUUAUACUGGCCCAUGGCAUUACCUAUACGGCAGAUAAGUUUGAUAAUGAGUUUCCUGGCGAGUAUAUUAACGGCAUUGCCUGCAUGUAUCGCCUGGAGCAGCAAUCAGAACCGGAACAGCUCCAAAUUGUUGCAGACUCCAGUGCAAAUAAACUUAGAUAUGCGCAAUACAAUCAAGUAAAUGCACAGGCUGAGCCCUCGGCCAUUGAUCAAGUGCGACAGGAGCUCAAGGCUGUGGUGCAGCAUUUGGAGGCGAAGCUGGAUGGAGUCUAUGCCCAGUUGAUACAACUGAAUGCCAAAAUGCAAUCGCUGGAGCGUUUAAACAGCUCGCUAUGGAAUCAGGUGACCAUAACGGUCUGAACAGUCAGCAGCGCUGCUUCAAAUAAAUAUUUAAUAUUAAAUUAUGUAAUAAACAUUGGCAUUUAGCUAUGUUCAAAUGCAAGUUUCAUGUCUGUUUGCUAUACAAAGUAAAAAUAGCUAAAAGUUGGCUAUAGCUAAGAAUGGGGAAAUUUAAAUCGAUAGCAACUGAACUAGCGAUAACAAUAUUUAGAGAUGGCGAAAGUAAACUAAAAUAAAUAAUAUUGCGUUAAAAGA